AACCAUUCUAGUCUAAUUUUAGCGCUCCACUAGUACGUACGAUUCGGUAACUUCGGUGCUCGUGUCGUGAAAAUUUGGUGAAUUUCCUUCAGAAACAAUCUAAAACAAAAAAUGGCCACCAUGGACAACGAUCCGCUUUUUACGUCGUUGUGCAGCUCCAAAACGCUCCAAUCGGCCAGCGAGGGCUUCUUCGACGAGUUUUACCAAACCGUGGCGCAGAACUUCACCGGCAAAAGCGCCAACUGGCUGCGGGAUGUGUUCGCGAAGCAGGUUCCCCCCGGGGACGAGGCGGCCCGGCUGCGGCUGAUCUACGACGAUCCGACGGUUUGCUUCGAGGUGCUCGGGACGUUGGAGCACGUGCGGCCAGUGUUCCGCGGCAAGGACGCCAAGUUUAGCUGGCAGAGACGCGAACAGGCCCGGAAGCUGCUGGCCGAGGGAAAAACCCAGCAGGCGCUGAUUCUGGCCAGUCAGGCCGUGAUGAGGGCGCCGGAGCGGGGCGUGGACGACCACAUCGACCAGGGCAUGACGCUGGCCUGUGCGCUGUGGACGAGGGCCGAGGUGCUGCUGAAGGCGCUGGACGGGAAGAAGGCGCUGGUGGAUCUGCAGAUGGCCGCCAAGGCCGGGUUCCCGGUGAAGGAAAGUGGGGAGUAUUACGGACGGGUUGCGAAGUGCUAUGCGUUAAUGAACGACCCCAAGCGCGCCGAAGUAUCCGCCAAGCUGUUCCACCAGCUAUCCGGCUUCAACGACUACGCGCUGGGCCGCCUCCGCGAGGACCUCGAAGAUCUGCGCGUGCUCAAAUCGGAAGCGGCCACUGGCACUGCGGACGCGGACCGCAAGCUGCCGGAACUGUCGGGAGCGAAUGCCGAUCUGCCGAACGCUUCGGACAAGCUGGCCCUCAGCGGAACGCGCGAGGACACCACCAAGGGUCGUUACAUCGUGGCCGCCCAGGACCUGAAGCCGGCCGAGCCGAUCGUGGUCGAACCGGCCGUUGGCGCGUGUUUGUACACCAAGUUCUUCGGUUCGCACUGUAACGCGUGCUUUGCCAAGUUGGUGGCUCCAGUGGCCUGUCCGGAGUGCGCCGGAGUGGCUUUCUGCUCUCCGGAAUGUCGCGACCGGGCCUGUUCCGGCUAUCAUCGCUUUGAGUGUCACUAUCUGGAUCUGCUGAUCGGUUCGGGAAUGUCCGUGCUGUGUCACCUGGCUCUGCGGCUGGUUACCCAAGCUGGAACCCCGGAAAAAGCCAUCGAGCUGGGCACGGAACUCAAGCGGACUCUGUGCGCCCACGAGGAUCGCCGAGAGCCGUCGGAUUACUUCCAGCGGACGCUGAUGGCAGCGUUUUUGCUGCGAUGUCUGCAAAAGGCCGAGUUCUUCGGACGUCGUAAAACGGAAGCGGCGGAACCGACUCCGCUGGAGGCACAGGUCGGCGGAGUCAUCCUAGCGCUGCUACAGUCGCUGCAGUUCAACGCGCAUGAGAUUUACGAGACGAAGAUUUCCGGCGAACAUCGCAUCGAUUCGGCCAAGGUCCAGUACGUGGGAGUGGGCGUGUACCGCACCAGCGCGAUGUUCAACCACGAGUGCUACCCGGGCGUAUCGCGAACCUUCCUCGGCACCACCAUGUGUCUGUACACGAGCCGACCGUUCCCGGCUGGCGCGACCAUUCCGGAGAACUACGGAAUGCACUUUAUCCGGCAUCCGGCAGCGGUGAGACAGCGCACGCUCCGCUCCCGGUACUGGUUCGGGUGUGAGUGCCGGGCGUGUCAGGAGAACUGGCCGCUGAUGGACAAGUUGACCGAUAAGCCACGGAUGCGGUGCCCCUACCCGGACUGUGACAACACGUUGAACUUCCCCCAGAAGAAGGACCCGAAGAUCAAGUGCUGGAAGUGCAAACGGUACGCGAAUUUGGAGAACUCGCUGAUGAUGCUGGACCAGUGCGAGGAUCUGUACACGAAGGGAGCGGGAGCGAUGGCGGACCAACGCAUCGACGAGGCCAUCGAGCUGCUGUCCCAGGGCAUCGCCCUGUUCCACAAGCUGGCCGUCCCGCCCCACAAGUCGACGCACGUGGCCGAGGAGUCGCUGCGCGUUUGCUUCGCCGACAAGGGCAGCAUCAACCGUGUCUGAGCGGAUUUUCUUUUUUGUUCAUUUAUGGGAAGAUUUUAUCGAUUUGAGGAUUUUUUUUAAUAAAGUUUUUUUUUCUCGUACGGUGAACUCUAAUACUAAUGCUAAG